AUUUCUUAACACCGCUUCAGUCAACGUUAGCACGUCGCGCGGGGCGCACGUCUGUCGCGCCACAAAACAAUUAGACCGCGAGUGUUUUUAAAAUAAUACAUUUAUUUGUUUCACAAUUAAAUAACAAGUGCAGUUUAGUGAAGUGAUAACAAAGCAGUUUUUACAAGGACUGUCGUGAAUGAAUGUCGCGAGGCAGUAGCAGCGUGUCACCAUGGAGGGAGGGCAGCAGUUGCGGUUGCUGCUGUGGAAGGACUACCUCAUACGGAAGAGAAAACUGAUAACCCUGGUGGGCAUAAUAUGGGCGAUGAUGGUCAUGUCCAGUCUGUACAUAGUGAGGAUCAACGUCGACAAUGUGGAUCAUCCUACGUGUUCGUUCCCGGCGCGUGCGCUGCCCAGCGCGGGCAUGCUGCGGUUCCUGCAGUCCUUCAUGUGCACCAUCAACAACGAGUGCUCCCCGCUCGACCAGUACGACGAGAUACCAGCUUAUGAGAACUCCAAACUCACAAAACUGCAGCGCACGCUGGCACCAGUACUCAACGACACAGUGCUGGAUGUGGCGAGCUCAGUACCUGAUGCCAUCAAACUCCUCGCCACCCUAGCUGAUGUAGUGGACGAUCCAGCGUUUAAAGAAAUUAGCAAUAAUGGUCUAAAAAUAAAAGACUUAUUCGAAAAGCCGUCGAGGGUCCGACGGUACGUGUCGGAGAAGCUGCACAUCAGCGAUGACGUCACGCGGAGUAUCAUGGACGCUGAGCUUAGUUUACAAGGUAUAAUGAAAGGGAACAUAGAUAGAUGCAGCACGACGUCUCUAGAGGAGACGAUUGUCAUAGAAAACCACGAACACUUGAUCAUAUUGAAGGAGAAAUUGUGCUCCAUGUCAAUGGAGGAACUACAGACGAUAUUUAUGGAUGUUCUGUUCCAAGUAAACUACAGUAAAUACUUGACAAUGUUAGGAAAUAUGUACUACAAAAUGUCUGGAGACAAACGUCUGAACACUAUCGGCAACAUGUUGACGGCAGUGCUACGUAUGAUGAGACUCCAGAACUUCUUGCCGCGGGAGCUGGUCUCCAUAUUCCAAGGUCAAGAUUCGGAUUUCAGUUACAUGCAGCUCACUUUAAUACCAAAGCUCAUGGAUCUAUUUAAACCGACAUUUGGCGAUACUCAGUCCUUUGAAAUCGUCAACGGAUUUUCCAAUGCUAUUGUAGUGGGACUGCGGUAUAUGGAUAAAGUUUUUAUCAAACAAAGAAAUAGUCACAUAGAGGUAGCAAGUAACAAUGAAACUACAAACGGUUUACAAGCCAUUUCUGAUGUAUUCCACAAUGCUGCAGAAGUGUUUGAAGAAGAUAUGCAAAAGGAUUCGUCCAUUGAUGCAUUCAGUAUCUUGGCUCAAAUGAUGAACUUCGUCACCAAGUUCCUUUCAGCCAAUACAAAGCAUGACGUUUUGUUUUACUCGACUCUUCUUGCUAAGCUAAUGGAGAGUGCCCAGAGAGUGGUCGAUAUAAACAUGAAUAUUGAGCACUUGACCUAUAACGUCACCCUGAGGCAUCCCGGCGCCGUUGAUAUUCUUAAAGACUUACCACCAGUGGUUGUUGGCAAAGCUUUUGAGGCUUUAGCUGAUGCUGAGAGGACACAGAUUCUGACGUCAAAGAUUAAUCUUCCAGGGCAAAUGUUCUGUGACACUUACAAGCUCCAAACAUUCUUCGUCGUAUCAAAGAGUGAGGCGGAAUCCCUGAAGAAGAAACUAUGCACGGAUGUUUGGAAGAACUAUGUCUCAGAUUUAGUCAAAUCGUUUGGAGUCUUCGAAGUGAAAAACAAUAUCAAUAACAUGGCAUCCCUUUUAAUCCAAGAAACUCUGGGCAAGGACACGAAUGACCAGCUCUACACGAUUGAGCAAGAUUUUAAAAUCCUGCAGAACUUCACUCAGGCUCUGGUGAGCAUCGAGUCUGAACACCGUAAGCCAGUGGACUGGAACUCACUGUUCCAUGUCCAGGAAGACUCUGAGGUCAUGAAGGCUGUACGAGCCAAGGGUCAUCUUGGAAAACAAAUAUUGAUAGUAAUUCACGGUGCCAUAGCGAAGGAAAUCGUGCAUCAGAAUCCGAUCCUCGACUUUAAGAUCUCUCCUUAUUUGAAUGACGUCAUCAUCCUGGUGUCCGCGAUAAACGAACAGCUUGAGAAGAGCUCGGAGAGUCAGGCUGAAGCGUUCAAGGAAGUAUAUGCUGAUGUAGUUGUGACAUUAUUGACGACUGCGCUUAAUGAGAAAAAGACUUACAAAGCCCUUUCAAGCAAUGGAGUAGAUAUGUUUUGUAAUGGAGUAGAAACAGCUGAUGAGCACCUAGUACUGCCAGCAGAGGAUGAUAAGAAAAAGAAGAUCGUCACAUCUCUGUGUGAUGCUACCGUCGCCAUUGAGAAUGGACUGGAAGCUGACUCAGUUGUGGCUAAAGCUAUCCAAACCAUCAUGAACUCCUCUCAUCCAGUCGUGACCCUCAACUGGAACAAACUGAUCAACAACUUGAAGAACCUGUACACAAAGUUGGAUAGAGACUACCCAUACCUGUUCCAGUUCCAAACGUACAAAAUGGAUUCUUCUACCAAGAAACAGGUUAACUCAUUAUUUACCGAAGCCAAGGAGUAUUGGUUCGGAGUCAGGAAUAUGGAGAGGAGUUUGAGGUUGAGCUUAACAUUCGGUUUCCGCUUCCUGGACAUCUUGGACCACGGCCUGUUCAACAUGAAUUCUGAAUUCUGGUUGAGGAUGAAAUACAUCAUCACCAGGACUGUAGGACCUUUGAACAUUUUCGAUGAAACUGUUAGAUUGGUGGCAGCGUUACUGACCAACGACACCUACACCAGUGAUCUACCGCGCACAACGGUAGCAGCGCUCGAACAAAUCAUACCGAACAUACCACAGCUGACCGUCGACGCUGUUAAUAUUAUCAAAAAUAAUGAUACCGAUGUACAAGCAGUAAUAUCCCUUCUGAACUCGGAUCCACCAUGGCCGUGUUCCACUUCCAGCUUGGCAGACCUGCUAGUCUUGACCCCCACCUCCAUGGAAGCUGUGAGGGGGAUGGAGACCAUCAUGUGUAUGAACAACGAGUUCCAGGACGAAUGGAUGGCGUAUCUCGAUGAUAAGAACGUGUCUUUGAGUAACUUUACCACAUGGAACACCACCGAGUACCAGCCCCACCUCUUCCUCAAGUUCUCUUCAUCUUUCGACUCCUUGAUGGACGAUAUCGUCAUCAGCAGGAAAGCCUUGGAGUCUGCAUUCAGUGACUCUAAUGAUGGAAGGCUCGGGUUGAAGGAUGCUUGGGACUAUGCUGUGAAGACGUUGAAUACUACGGACAGAGAUGAAAUAAUGAGGUCUCUUUUCACCAAGAUCGAUACAGUGUUGAAUACAUUGAACACCUCCUCGAUACCGAGCAAUGUUUCCAUGAACAACCUCUUCGAGAGGUACACCAAGUGCAUCCUCAACGGCAUGGACAAUGACUGCAGACUCCUCGGCAGGAAGGCGUGGCAGAACUUCUUCGAGUCCUUCUCUAUUAUACUUGAGAAUAUGGCCACCGACUUAUUGACUUACUUCCGAGAAGCUAAUGAACCCGAUGCAAACAUAUUGCAAUUAAUGGGUUUUACACGCAGCACCGGUUUGUACAUCUUAUACGACAAGAUGCCCGAGUUUAUGGGAGUUUUACUCAAUUCCUACUGGGACUAUGGGUUCAUGAGCCAGGUCCGUAGAGCAACACUUUCUCAAUUUUGGGACUGUGAGGCUGUACUGUCUUCCAUGGUGGCUCCUCCGGGCAGCGUCAUAGAUUCCACCUUCAUGAACAAAGUGAAACCUUUCGUCUGCCCAUCACUGCUGCACUGGCUCUCUUUACCAAGGGGGGAUAAUACUUUACUUGAUGUGUUCGCUAAACCGCAAUACUUCUUCUUCACAAUACCCGUAUCAAACCUGACGAGUAGAUUCGAGAAGGCUUACACCAAAGCUAUAGAAUUAACAAAUUAUUUGACUGACAUAUCGAAGAAAAAUCAAACUAUACUAAGAGAAGAAGACAUUAAGAUGAACUCAAUCGAAGGAAAACUCAAAAAAGUAGUCGAUGCAGUGGUUAACUACAAAAUCGAUGAAAAUAAUCCAUCGUAUCGAUUGUUCAGUGAAAUCAACUUGAAACAAUUCGCGGCGAACGUAUACUUAACUAGAAUAGUUAGUAUAAUCAACAAACUGUCGACAGAGCUCAAUAAGUUAAACAUUACAGAAGUAGUCACUGGUACUGAGGAAGAAAUAAAAGCAACCGUAGCUGAUUUACAAUUGAUCAAAUAUUUAUUUAGAAGAAAACCUACUGAUGCUAUAGACAUACACUUUGAUAUAUUAACUGAUGUUAUCUGGGCUAAUAAUGAGACUUAUACUAUCGUUGAUGCCUUUGACAAAAUGUGUAAGAAUUUAAACACAAAUGCAAGUGAAAGUAUAUUAGUAAGUGAUGAUGAUAAAGCGAGAGGACAGAUAUGUGGCAAACAUUAUAAUGUUAUUUAUAGUGCUGUACAAAAUAUUACUGUUCCUGACUAUAAUGAUACAAGGCAAACUCUGUUGCAUCUAGUAGAUAUACUGAAUACUGGCAACGAAACAGUUACAGAUGUAUUUGAAUUUCUUAAUCACAGAAAACAGCUAAUCAAAUCAUUGAAGACUUCGACCAAACAUGCAUACGACCUUAGCAUUCCUAUCUACCUGAAGUACCUACAUUCCAACAUUCAGAGUUACAACGUCAUCCUAGGCUUCCUAGCUGGUGAAAACUGGUGGCAACUUCUAACGGACUUGUACAAUGGACCGUACGCUACCAAGUUCUUCGGUUAUCUGGAGAACAGCUUCGAGGUCGCUGAAGAUCUGCUUAGUAAUUUCGAUGAUAUUCAUGUUAUCCGUCUUCUCCAUGACAUUGAUGUGAAUCAGACUGAAUGGGUCUGCCUGCCAAACAUCACGCUGUCAGACUACAUUCCCGAUAAGACAGGACUAUGGUCCGACCUGAAGGAACAAAUAUGCAACGUGGACAAGGCUGAAAUGUAUAAAGAACUACCACCACUUCUGUUUGCGUCACAAGGUUACGAAAGCUCUUUAGCACUGCCCAAGAAUAUCGACUACGAUGAGAUUGACUCUGAUAUUUCUGAGAUCGAAUCUAAGCUGGACAUCAUCAGGGAUGGUCCUAAAUCCCCACAGAACCCGCCGUGGGUGACAGAUGAGAAGGUGGAACACUUGAGGAAGGUGGCACUGGGGUUAUUGUCUAAAGAAACUUUGACAAAGAUAUCGUUUGCUAUACUGAGCAAUGGAGUUGAUGCUGGUACUCUGUUCUUAAAUAGCAGUCAGUGCGCCGUCUGCUCUCAGUUCACGACAUGGUUCAAGCAGCUGAACCUACAGCUCUUCAAGAAGCAGGAGUACGACAACUUGCUGUGCCAUCUAAACACCAUGAGCCUGGAGGAUGUGUACCAUGCACUGAAGAACGACUUCCACUGGGACAUGGCUAUCAAGGAGUUAAUAUCAACGAGGAACUACACGAAGUACGAGAUGAACAAGUCGAUGAACGAGUUCCUGGGACAAGUGAAGCUACACCUGCUGGAAGACAUCAGCGCAACCAACACCAAGGUGACGGAGUGCCUCGCUAAGAAUGUCUCGAGAAAUGAGUUCGGGAAUGCCACAAUAUUUGCCUCAGUCCUAGCUCAAACAGGUAAACUGCUAAGAGCUGAACUGCCACAUAUUCACGAAGUAGACGGCAUUAAAAGCCUACCAUAUCUGAAGGAGCUUUCAUCUGAAGUGGCUCACAACAUAGACGUGGUGAAACCUUUGAAGGACUACCUACAGGACAAUAGUGAUUUACACGGAGAACUGAUGAAGAUAGUGGAUGAUCAUGACAUUGUUGCGGACAUUGAAAACGCUCAAGUUAAUUUGAGAAAAAUCCGCAGUAUCUCAGAGCCGGAUACAGCAGACAUUGUUAUCAACCCUGCCAGGAACUGGACUGACAUCUGUGCUCGCUACAACUGCAGCAACAUCGCUGCUGUCAUCAGAAACAAUAUCAACAGCACUCUCAUUGAGAACGCACUUCCAAAGUACCAAGAUGAAGAAUUCUGGCGUUUCAACUUCGUAUCGAACAUCAUCCAGCACCUUGAAGACUUCAUGUCUCACGGUGCUCGUCUCCUGGGGCUGGCCAGCAAGGCAGACGUCAAGGGUGUGAUGAAUGGUAACCUGGAAGCCAUGGUGGAUGCCCUGAUCCUGGUCAUCAGUGACGAGUCCCUCGACAACAUCAUGUUUAGUCUCCAGGGUAUUCUCGAGCAGCUGCAUCCUCUCCUGGAAGGCACUCCUCUGGAGCAGGACCUCAGUGCGCUGGGCUCUGGUCUGCUUGUAGUCAGACAGCUCAAGAACUACCUGCUGGAGGAUGUUAGUCUUAACGUGGAAGUGUCGAAACUGUUCCCUGACGCUGAUGAUGUGGAGGUGGGGCUGAACUCCCUCGGCAUCAACAACACCAACUUCUGGUCGGUCGCCGCGCCCAGGAUACAUGCUGGCACCAUACUACUGAAGCCGCUCUUCUCCUCGAAGCCUGACGACAGCCAUGUAGCGAAGUACGUCUGCCAGAUGGACCACAUGUCCAAAGUGCUGUUCCCUGCGAACCUGGAUGUGGUGUCUGCUGAAGACGUCUUCGGAGCCACCAUCGAGCAGUUCUGCGGCCUACCUGACCACAUCACCAAGCAAGUGCUGCCAGUGCUACUGCGGAACUUCAACUACACUCUACUGGUUGAUGAAGUAGCCAGUACACUUCUCACAAAACUCUAUACCGCAUCAAACUUGACCGAAGAAGAGGGAUCCAGGGUGCUUGACAAGUUCUCACAGAUGGCAGCACUGAUACCUGUGCUUCAGGAGAAGAUAGGAGACGUGAGCCAGACCCUGGCCAACGAGACGCUGUUCCAAAGCUUGAAGGACUUCAGCUCUGUUGGGAACCUUGUGUCUUCUCCGGACUUCAUGUCGAGUGCGGGCAACUUGUUGUGCGGCAAGCCGUUCCAGGUGAACACGAACAAGUUCUACAAGUCCAUCGCAGCCACCAAGGACUUCUCCACAGAACCUGACCAGGCGCAGCUGGAUGUACUGCCCACGGACUUCUGUCGCUCGCUGUACACGGACAUCAUCAACGUGGAGGGCGGCAAGAUCAUGUGGAGCUUCGUGAAGCCGCUCAUCAUGGGCAAGAUCCUGUACACCCCGCCCACCCCCACCGUCACCAGGAUCAUUGAACAGGCCAACUCCACCUUCGCGACAAUGAUCAAGAUGACGGGUCUGGUGCACUCGUUCUCCACGUCAUUCCCGGCGAUAGACAAACUGUCCUCGCACAGAGAGGGCGUGGCGGUCCUCCGCCGCAUCAUGACCGCGCCGCAGUUCAGCGCCGUACGGAAGAUGCUCAUCAAAGGAGACGAGGAGAUCUCAGUACCUGACGUCGAUAUUGAUAGCCUGUUUGCACAGUUUGGAGAUUUAGAUAGUAUCGGCAGUCUGCUGACAAAGAUGUCGAACCUGCUGCAGUGUAUCAACCUGAACAGGUUCCAAGCGUCUCCCAAUGAACAGAACAUGACCCACGAGGCUGCGCAGCUCAGCAUCGUCAACGAAUUCUCUGCUGGUCUGGUGUUCCUGAACAGCCAGCAUUACGACGGAGCGCUGAAUAAAGUGGAGUAUAAGAUCCGCAUGGACAUCGACAACGCGCCUACUACAGUACGUAAUAAGGACUUCCUAUGGACCCCAGGUCCUGAAGCGAACUUCUUGGAGAACAUGCGCUACUUCCGCGGCUUCGUCCAGAUCCAGGACAUCGUGGACAAGGCCAUCAUCCAGCUCUCACACGACUCCACUGCCCGCCGCAAGAGAGAGACUCAGCAGGAGAUGGAGUGGGCGGUGUACACGCAACAGAUGCCGUACCCCUGCUAUAGAAGAGACUUUUUCCAGUCCUCGCUAUACGAGUCCCAGUCGAUGAUCGUGGCUUUCUUCUUCUCCUUGCUGUUCACGGUCGCGUCCGCCGUGCGAUUCAUCGUGAUCGACAAGGAGACAGGGAACACUAUGCUCAUGUCUGUGAUGGGCGUGGACCUGCGCUGGCACACGCUGUCGUGGUUCCUCACAUCGUUCGUGGAGAUGGUGCUGACGGACCUCGGCAUCACCCUGGUGCUGCACUUCGGCCAGGUGCUGCCCAGAACUGAUCCCACGCUGGUCUUCUCGCUGAUCUUCAUUUUUGGAAUAUCUGUACUCAGUUUUUGCUACAUGCUGUCCAAGAUGUUCAAGUCAGCGAGUCUGGCGGCAGUGUUCUCCGCCAUCGUCUACCUGAUGACCUUCAUGCCGAUCGUCAUCAUCCUCUCGCUGGAGUCCAUCAUUGGCAUAACCCUCAAGUUCUUUGUCUGCCUCUUCAUGUCUUCGUCUCUGAGCUACUCGUUCCUGUACAUCACAAGGUUUGAGGCUCGCGGCUCCGGUGCCUCCUGGGCAGACGUGUGGGCCUCACCCAGUGGUGAGGACGACACCAACAUUGGCUUCACCGCUGGAAUGAUGAUCCUGGAUGCUAUCCUCUAUUUCAUCGUUGGAUGGGCCGUGGAUAGAUAUUUUGGUAUAAAAACCCUGACGACCAACAUCACCCACUGCACCACCACGGACGAGAAGGCCGGCGUCAGCAUCGUGAACAUCUCCAAGGUGUACGGAGAAGGCUCCAGGAGGGCCAAGGUGGCCCUCGACAACGUCUCCAUAGAACUACACAAGGGACAGAUCACCACGUUGCUGGGACAUAAUGGCGCUGGGAAGACCACUCUUAUUAACAUCCUGAUGGGCAUGCUGAAGCCGAGCCGCGGGCACGUGGUGGUGCGCGGGUCGCGCGCGGGCACGCGGCUGGGCGUGUGUCCGCAGCACGACGUGCUCGUGGACUGCCUCACGGCGCGCGAGCACGUGCAGCUCUACGCGCAACUCAAGAGCGGCCGCUCCGCUCAUGAAGUGCGCGAUGAGGUUGAUAAGAUGCUGGAAGUCCUGUCGCUAGGUCCAGUAUGCGACGAGCCGGUGCACCGGCUGUCGGGCGGCACCCGGCGCCGCCUGUGCGUGGCGCUGGCCUUCGUGGGGCAACCCCAUCUGGUGUCCCUCGACGAACCCACUGCUGGAGUCGACCCUGCUGCCAGAAGGGACAUCUGGUCGAUGAUAGUGAAGCUGAAGGAGGACCGCACCAUCCUGCUGACCACGCACCACCUCGACGAGGCCGAGCUGCUCAGCGACCAGAUCGUCAUCAUGCACAAGGGCCAAAUCCACACGACAGGAUCUCCAAUAGAAAUCAAGCGGACUCUAGGCAACGGGUACAAGCUGACAGUGAUGUACCCGGUCCCUGACAUGGAUAGCGACGAGAUGUGGGAGGAAACCAGCCAGGAAGAGAAGACCAAGCAGCUGCUGACCGUCGUCCGAGACGUCGUGAAGAACGCCAACGUCGUAGAUGUCAAUGGAAACGAAGUGGAAAUUGCGUUACCAUUCUUCGAUAGCAACGGGUUGAAUAAUAACUUCCUACAACUAUGCACAGUGCUGGAAGCGACACAGUCAGCGCUGGGCUUCAGGACCUACACCCUGGACUGCAGCAGUCUGGAACAGGUGUUCUUCAACAUCUGCCAGCAAGCAGACUCUACACAGAACGGAAUUGAGUAUGUAAUAGACGGCUGCCCGUCGAAGAGCGCGUCGAGCUCCAGCAUCCGCACGGAGCGCGCGCAGCAGGACCUGGUGUCGCUGGACGGGCCACUGAAGGGCACCGCCUGGCAGCAGUUCAAGGCGCUCAUGUACGCCAGAUACAUGCAUCAUAGCAGGAACUGGUGGCUGAUGUUCCUCCUGGUGGUGCUGCCGACGGUGUUCGUGACGGUGGCCAUGGCCUUCUCCAUGCUCCGCCCCCCGGCAGACAACGAGGUCGCCCUCAAACUGGAUGACCACGUCUAUAAGGACUCUACUGAGUUCUUAGUACCCCCUGUACCCUCGGAUUACGUGGACCCAAAGUUUGUGGAGAGCAUCCUACAGUACCUGAUGAUGGACAAACAAACUAAGAAUUGGACCAGCGCAGACAAUCCUCAGUGCGAGUGCGGGGAGACGCGGCAGCACUGCAACAUCACGGAGGCGCAGUCCAUGGCACUGCCCGAGCUGAUGCUGGUGGGAGACUCCGCAACCCUCAACAAGUGGCUGGUGGAUACACAGGAUAUAUACAUCGAGAAGAGAUACGGAGGCUAUUCACUGACCCUGAAGAACAACAUGACGAACAUGAUCUCGUGGUACAACAACAAGGGCCACCACGCCAUGCCCGCGUACCUCAACGUAGCCAACAACGCCAUUCUUCGCGCUGUGUCUGGCAUGCCCACCGCCAACAUCACCACCUACACACACCCACUCAAGAUCUCCAAAGAACCCAUCAGUAAAGCUACGGUGUACCAACACAUCGCGGACGCAGGUAUCUCCGGGCUGGUGUUGGUGGCGUACUGCCUGGUGACGGCGGGCGCUGCCAUCUACCUGGUGGGCGCGCGGCGCUCGCAGGAGAAGCGGCUGCAGCUGCUCUGUGGAGUCAGUCCACUGCUGUACUGGACUACUGCUCUCGUGUGGGAUAUGAUGAUAAUGGCCAUAAACGUGGGUGUGACGGCGAUGGUGAUGACAGCGUUCGGGUUCCCCGUGUUCGUGGCGCGGAACAACCUGCCUGCCAUCUGCAUACUGCUCAUGUUAUACGGGUUCGCGUGCGGCUCCAUGGUGCAUCUGUUCGAGAAGACAUUCUCGGAGCCCAGCAUGGCCAACAUGGUGCUGUUCUGCGGCAACGCCUUCAUCGGCCUCACCUUCAUCGCCAUACUGCUCAUCUUUGACAUCAUCUCCGAAUCUGAGGAGACAGACUACGCCCGCUUCGUGCUGCACAAGUUCUUCAUGCUGGCGCCACAGUUCGCGCUCGGAGACGGACUCCUCGAGAUCGCCAAGAACACCAUCCAGGCUGAAGUGUUGAACCGGUUCGGUAUGGACACGUACAAGGACCCGUUCUCCAGCACGCUGGUGGUAUACCACUGCAUAUACCUGGUCGUGAUCGGGACACUACUGCAGCUCCUCAACCUCGCUGUGGAAUACAACUGCUUCGAUAAACUGAUGGCCAGGUUAAGAUCCGAGCACGUCCCAGCAGCCCCGGGCGGCGAGCUGGAGUGUCGCGAGGUGAGCGAGGAGCGGCGCCGCGUGCAGGCAGCGCGCCGGCACGCGCACCACGCGCCGCUGCGGGUCAACACCAUCGGGAAUAUCAACAGAGGCUACAUCCACACAGAAGGCAAGAAGGGCUCCCUGCAACGCGUGGUGUCGCCAUCUAGCGACGCGGCGCAGUGCGUGGAGCUCUCCAAGUGCUACCCAGCCUUCCGAGGAUACAACGUGGCGCUACGGAACCUCACACUCGGCAUACCGCCGGGACAACGGUCAUGCACAGCCCUGCUGGGUCAGAACGGCGCGGGCAAGUCCACGACGUUCUCGAUGCUGACGGGCGAGGUGCGGCCCACCUCGGGGCAACUGUACCUCAACAGCAAACUCGUCAACUCCACGCAACUCUGCAGGAACGGACUCAUUAGUUACUGUCCCCAGAGCGACGCGAUAGAUCGACUGCUGACCGUCAGCGAGACGCUGCGGUUCUACUGCAGGCUGCGAGGCAUUGACGAGCAGGAAGAGGUGAUAAGGCGCACGAUGGAAAUGUUCGACCUGGCGAAGUACUGCGAGGUGCUGAGCGGCACGCUGAGCGGCGGCAACAAGCGCAAGCUGUGCACCGCCGUCGCAUUCAUGGCCAGGACACCGCUGGUCUUGCUGGAUGAACCUACCAGCGGCAUGGACCCGGUGUCGCGCGGCUGCGUGUCGCGCGGGGUGCGCGCGGCGUGCGGCGCGGCGCGCGGCGUGCUGCUGUCCACGCACGCGCUGCAGGACGCACGCCGCCUCGCCGCGCGCGUCGCGCUACUGCGCCACGGGCAGCUCGUCGCGCUCGCACCGCUCGAAGACUGCCUCAAUAGGUUCGGCGGCGGGUACGUGGUGCAGUGCCGCGUGGGUCGCGGCGGGGCGAGCACGCCGCGCGCGGCGUGGCGGGCCGUGACGUCACGCGCGCCGCACGCACAGCUGCGCGUGCUGCACCAACACACGCUGCACUUCCUCGUGCCCACGCACUGCACUGUUGAUCGGAAAGAGGUGACGACUCGUCUGAGCGACAUCUUCCGGCUGAUGGCGGAACUACAAAGCACCUGUGAUAUUGAAGACUUCACCGUCAACCAAAGUUCGCUGGAACAGAUGUUCCUAAGCUUCACGGAUAAGUCGGAGAUCGAGUCGGACAUAGUGGAAGUGGAACGGCUUCCUGCACCAGAGUCCAUCAUGUCGUCAGAAGACUUGGCCACUGUCACUGCUCUCUAAGUUAUAGCAACAAGUAUUUGGCCACCAGAUGGCGCCAAAGUAGCAUUAGGUCUGUUUGUCUAAUGACUGUAGCUAAAAUGGAUUGUUGUUCCGGGUCUGGGUGUGAUGUGUAUGUGAACUUGUAUGUUUGUAAACGCACCCACGAUACAGGAGAAAAUAGUAAUGUGCGAAAAAUAUGUCAGUUAUUAUUUUUGUUUUUGUAGGUAAAAUGAUCGACAAAUAGGUUAUGUAAAAAAACAUACUUACGUUUUAUUUAUACGUACUGUGCCAGCAGAUUAACCUAUUCCUUUCUGAAAAGCAACUCUAUUGUUUAGACAUAAAGUCGAAAAUUGAAUGAAAAAAAGAAAGGGAUAGAUUGACAUGCUGGUUGGACGACUUUUUUAGCUCUCUGAUUUAGAAAAUGCGUGAACUUAAACAGUAUCCUGAUUAUCAUGAACCUUAUAUUAGAUAGCAUAAAGUUUGUUUUUCUUUGUACUAUUUAUUAUUUAUAAUGUGUACUUACUACUUAUUUCGAAAGUUCAAAUAAUAUUGGUCACAAAUGGGACUGCUGAACGAAGUCUCGGGUUCGAUUUCCGAGUCGAGUCGAAAACUUUUUUUUAUUAUUGUAAAAAUUGCAUUAAUUCUGAAGUCGUGUCCGAUGCAUGACAAUAGAUAAAUAAAUAUAAUUAAUAUAUUCUGCCUACAUCUUUGCCAACAUCGCACCGUGAUGUUAUAUAGUUAUAAAAAUCCGCAAAUUAUUAGGUAAUUGACUUUUUUAGCAAAUUGUUUUAUUUUAUUAUAAUUAUUAUUUUCGAAUUGCAAAGAGACUUAUAAAUUAAAUUUUUGAUACGGUUAAAACCGCUCCGUACGGACCACUUCAUCAGCAAUGCCUACAUGCGAUGCGUACCGAUGACGUCAUACGGAAUGCCGAUGCCAAAAAUCCGAGUGAAAGUGGUAUCGGCAAUCCGAUCGCUGUCGAUACAGUGGACGCAGUCUGAAAAAUUAAUCCGUUUGAUGCGAUCCGUCCGAUGCGUGCGAUUAAAUAAUAUACCAACGGAUUGGUUAUUGAGCCUGGCCAGUAGUUCAGUUUAUCUGUCAGAUAAAUUUAUCAGGAUGUUACACUGUGAAACUGUUUAGUUUUAAUUUUAGACUUUUUAAAGGAAUAUUGGUAAGACUUGUAGUUUUAUUUUGUUUUAAACGUAAUAGCUCAAAGUUAUUGAUAGGUAGAAAGCAAAAGUUUAGGUUAGAUAGUUAAAAGCACUAUUUUUUUUGUAAAUUAUUUCCUUUUUGUAUUUUUAUUUUUUAAUUUCCGUGUCUAAACUUAGGGGAAUUUUCACUUUGAACAGGAAAUCCCUUGGUUAUGUAAAUUCUUGCCGCCAAAAGGCCCACGUGAACCAGGGCGUUUCCAAAGUAUAUGUACAGUCGGUAAAAUAAAUAAAUGAAAUCUUCGAAAAUUAUGCCAUAAUUAUUUGUUUCUUUUUUGCCGACCGUACAUGUACAGAUUUCAUUGUAGUAAUGUUUUAACAAAUGUGUGUAAUUAAUUUAAUGUUACUAGUACGGACUGCAGCGAUGUGUACUUGUGCUGCUGUCCGUACAUUGUCCUUAAAUAACAAAUAUGCAAUCUCUGUGAUAAUUAUGUAAUUUUCUAGAAUUUUUGAAUAAAUAAAAUAUGGUUUUUGGA